GCUCGAGACCCUCCGGGUUCACCGCGAGCACAUCUUCCCGACGGAGCAGCAGCACCGCCGCAACCAUCACAGCGAGCGAGCGGGGGCAACAACACCACCACCGCCAACAACAACACCGCAACCACCACCACCGCCGCCGCCGCCGCCUACGCCGUUGCGCAAGCUGCUCCCGGCAAGCCUGGUGCGGCUGACGAUCACCGGGUGCGACUUCAGCAGCAGCAGCGCAAGCGGCCCGGCGCUGGAGGCAUCGCUCGCGCGGCUGGCGGCGGAGGCGAGAGCGGACAAGGGCCACGCGCUGCGGGAGGUGGAGCUGGAGAUGGUGGGCGAGGGGGCGGUGCCCGGCGAGCUGUUCGUGGCCUUUGCCGGGUCCGGCGUGUCGCUUCUGCUCGACAGGCAGAUGACUGUGUUGCCGCUGAGAGGCGGGCGUGGUGUGGCGCCGGCGGAGGGCGGCGGAUCAGGGACGGCAUGAUGGAUGUUGAUGCGGACGGAGUACACUAGAGAAGCGUGCCAUGUGUGACGGGAUCUGGGAAAACACCUGGGCUUCGGAGCGUUUUGGUAUGUACUUGAUAGCGGUUGGAUAGCGAAUCAUUUACUGUGUAUUGGAGUGGAGGGUUUCGCCAGUGAAACCGGUGUAAGUGAGCAAACACUCUCGUUCUCCACCAUUGCCCCGCGGAAAAAUAGGGAAGAGAAAGGGAAAACAGAGGUACACAGUACUAUCCAAGCCUCAACAUAGAAUUACCAACAGACAGAAUCUAUACCUGUACUGCGGCGGUAUU